UAUAAAAGCACCGUGUGGAGAUGGCGCUCUAGCAGCAACAACGCCGGACGCGGAGUGAUUUAUGCGCCGCAUGUAAUUCCCAGAAGGGAACCGGUUCAGCUGCCGAGAUGGAUUCGAAGAGUAUUGUGCUGAGGGUCCAGAAGCUCAAAGAGCGACUCGGCCAUGCACAAGAUACACGCAAGAUUAACAAAGCUCUCAGCAGCUUAAAGGAGCUUGACAUCACACUGGAUAUUCUUGUGGAAACUGGAAUUGGAAAAACUGUGAAUGGAUUAAGGAAACACUCUGAAGUGGGAGAUGUUGCUAAAUCAAUUGUUGUUCAGUGGAAAAAAUUGGUACCGGAGGGGAAAGAAGAACAAAGCAACCUUUGGCUAACCCAUUUUAGUUCCAGCAAAGAUAAACCAAAAAUCAAGAAUGGUAAUGACCUCAUCAGAGAAAAGCUAUCGCAUACAGUUUCAAGAGAGAAGACUGAGUUUAAGGAGAAGACUGUUGCGACAAAAUGCCUUGAGUCUGGUAAAACUGCUGCUAGCUGUGUUAACAAGAAGCUGCCUAAGGAACAAAAGACUCAGAAAAUCCUAAAUCGUAAAAAAGAGCGCAUCCAUGAUACUGGUAAUUCACACAUUUUUAGAGAAGAGAAAAGCACUGAAAAAAUGCAGGAGAAACACAAAUCUUCCUUGUCCAGAGACAAAAAGAGCUCUCCAAAAGAUGAAAUGACUAAAAUAAACCAUAUACAGGCCUCUAAAGGAGAGUUAAAUAAAGAUAAUAAAAUGGAAGGACUUGAAAAGAAAUCAAAUCCUACAUUUUCUGAUGAUGACUAUGACUCCCCCACUAUGUCCUUCGAAUCGUACCUUAAUUAUGACCAAAUAUCAAUUAAAAGGAAAAAAAGAUCAUCCCCAUCAAAUGAGCCCCCGAGAAAGGUUCAAGUGUGCAAACAGUACUCCAGUACAACAUUGUCCAAGACUGAAACCACACAGUCAAUCUCACAGACAAAUAGUGAUAAACAAAAAAUAAAAGCUGAAAGUCCUACAAAUGAGUGUUUUCAGGGCAAGAUAGGGUCAUUAUCCGAUUUGCUUAAUGUCCCACUACCUAAAUUUUUACCAGACUAUUCCAUAAUGCUGUCGCCACCACAAGCUACAGACCAUAAAGCAGACCUCUCGGAAGCUUUAACAGAACAGAGCUGUGAAUCAUCUUGUUUUACUGGACGCAGGUUAAAUUCCAAAAUGCAGGUGUAUUCUGGAUCCAAAAUAGUUUAUCUUCCAAAAAUGUUAACCCUAUAUGAACAAUGCAUACGAGUUCUUCAAAACAAUAUUGACUCUAUUCAAGAAGUCGGGGGUGUACCAUUUGAUAUUUUUCAACCUGUCCUUGAACGCUGUACACCAGAGCAGUUAAACCGAAUUGAAGAAUGUAACCCGGUUUUUAUUGAGGACUCUGGACCCUUAUGGAAAAAACACUGUGCAAAGGAUUUUAAGAGCCACAAACUCUUAGAAUACGAGACCUGGCGUGAAAUGUACCUAAGGCUUUUUGGUGAGAGAGAAGAAAAACUAAAAAUGAUAACGCAAAAUAUCAGUUCUGCUCAUUCUGGCAAACCAAAAGGUCGUCAGGUAAAAUUAGCUUAUAUAAAUGGUGUAGCCAAACCUCCGCGUAAUAUUCGGCGACGACAGGAGAUUCUUGGGACAGCUGGACCAAUUGUACAGCCUCAUCCAAUCGAUAAACUCAAGCAGCAGAAGAAUGAAAAUAAAGACAAAUGUGUUACAACUCAGAAGCAAAACACACCAGCUAGCAUGGUUGUUAAUAACAAUAUCCAUUCUGGAGGACCAAGCCAAGAUCCAAAGAAGACUGUGAGAAAAAUUGCUCCAAUGAUGGCAAAAUCAAUGCGAGCCUUCAAAAACAGAGUUGGGCCAAGAUAAAUAUACUAAUAUAUCCUAAUUUGUGUUGCCAAAAUUAUGUAAACAUUUAAUUUUUCUUUAGUUUGACAAAAGCCAUUAAUGUAUGUAAACCAGUAUUCCUAUUGUAAUAAAGAGAAAAGUGAGAACUGC